CUGACUAGCGAGUAGCAAGUGAAGCAUCAAGUACCCCUGGCAGAACAAAACCCCUCGCUAAAAACAAGCGCGAAUACAGCACGGGGGGAGGGAGAGCGAGAGAGAGAGAGAGGCCAACAACCAUCUGUGCGGGCAGAUCGACUCGUUGUCUCGUUGCAAUGGAGGCCGACAUGGACAUGAGCUUCGAUUUCUCUUGGGAGACGCCUAACUUCUUCGAGGCCCAGGUGCUGGAGCUCGGCGUCGUCGACAGUAUGUACUUGCCGGCUGAGGACUCGCUGUCCGGUCUGUACUCGUGCUACGACGACUCGAGCUCGCCGGACGGCGCCAGCUCGUGGUCGUCGGCCAUGACGAGGGCAACCCGCGCGAGCAAGAACAUAAUCAUGGAGAGGGACCGUCGCAGGAGGCUCAACGAGAAGCUUUACAACCUCCGCGGCGUCGUUCCAAACAUCACCAAGAUGGACAAGGCGUCCAUCAUCCAGGACGCUAUCGCGUACAUCGAGGCGCUGCAGGAGCAGGAGCGGCAGCUUCUAGCCGAGAUAUCCGACCUCGAACCAGACAACUGCACCGCCGCGGUCAAGACGGAAGACGUCGCCUCCGUCGGGAGCCAGGCAGAGGAAGACGGCGUGGGCUUGCCACGGCAGAAGAAGAUGAGGAGGACUAGCUCCGCCUCCUCCAUCAACGACGCCAUCACUUCCCCUGCCACGUAUCCGGUCGAAAUCCUCGAGCUGGAGGUGACGAAUGUAGCGGAGAAGCUGUCGGUGGUGAGCCUGAGGCACGGCAAGGCGCGGGACGCCAUGGCCAAGGUGUGCGGGGCGCUGCAGUCGCUCUGUCUCAAGGUCAUCACGGCAAGCGUCACCACCGUGGCCGGCGGCAUGGUCCACACCAUGUUCGUCGAGACAGAAGGGAUGGAUGGUGCUCAGACAAUCAAGGAGAUGAUACAGGUUGCACUCCACCAUCUCAAAUGAGAAGAAGCCCGUCAAAUUCCAUGAGUUACUGAUGAUGUUAAAGUGUUGCAAACGAUGCACUACUGACUUCUACCUAUAGUGUAUCAUGUUCACUAAAUCA